CUUCCAUUAUUUGGGCCGAGGACCUAGAAGAUGUUGACACAACAUCAACUCCAUCAGCUCGUCCUGCGAAAGCCAAAGUCUCUAAGGCUUGCUGCAUUUGCCUAGAGUCCACGAUUACUGUUUCGAACCCCCACCCGAAAUCCUCCCCGCCGCAGCGGACGGUCGAUGAACCCUUGAAGCUGACAAAACUCUGCGACGACGGUGGCCACUACGCGUGCAAAACCUGCACCACGGAAUUGUUGAAGACCGCGCUGUAUGAAUUGCAAAAAGAUCGUACUCGUUAUCACAAGGCUAAACGCUUCACGCUUAAAAACUUCACUCAUUAAAAAAAAAUUUUUUUUUGGUGUUUUUUUGGAUCUCUGAAAGCAAAGCAGCUGCUUCGAGGAGGUGAAUCGUUUGUCAGCCACGCCUAAGCUCCAACCCAAAAGGCCUCGAAAAAGGAGUCACUUUCGGGCCACCAAAAAGGGCCAGCUUUGAGAGGUGAAUCAAAUGACAAUCCCACCUAUGUUCUUCCCAGAAAUGCCUCAAAGCCAUAGCACUUUUCGCAAAAGCAUCGCUUUGAUGCACCAUUUCGACGAUUUUCAAAAGUGCUCACUUUUGAGAGCUCGCGCCGCUUCUACGGUGGCCAAAAACGGCGAAAAUGAAUCAAAUGUCCCCGGAGCCAGUUUUUGGAUUUUUGCGAAUUCUUCGGCCGGUGCUACGCUCAAAAAAAUGAUGUUUGAUUCAUUUUACUUCCAAGUCGUCGACUUUUUCACUUUUUCGCUCACAAAAGUUGGCUUUUUGCUUUCAUCUUACUCAACUGAAGACUCUGUGGAACUUUCGCUCUCAGAAUUAUAUGUCGUGGCGUCUUCACUAGUCAAAAGCCAAUCGCUGCCACCCAAAGCAAGGCCCAGUCGUCCUUCCAUUGAUCCAGAAGGUGCAGGCGCCGCAAUCGCCGCCGUCGGCACGUAGCUGCCGAUGCUGUAAGCAACAGCAUCAAACCUCACUAAAAAAAAUUUUUUUUUUAGCAAGUGAAGUUUUUAAAAGUGAAGCGUUUAGCCGUGUGAUACUCGUAUAAAUGCAUUCCAAAUUUCCUCAGUAUGAGAGAUGAAAUUUGUAAUGCUGAUUUGCCUUCAGAAAAAAAUUUGUGAUGCAAGACUUGCAUACGAAUACGAUACUUUUGCAAUUCAUACGAAGCGGUCUUUCGCUGACCCCGUUGUCUUCCCCGCCCGAUGCUGCCCGGGGGCGGGACAUCACAAACAGUUUGUGAAGCCGGAGAUCGUUCGGGAGUGUUUAAGUCCGGCGGAGUUUCUGAAUUACAUGGACAAAUUUGAAGAAGCGGUCGCGGAGGAGAAGAUUUUCUGUCCCAACCCAAACUGCGGCAAGUUUAUCAUCGACGGAAAGAAGUUAGAGGUGGUGCUUGAUGGCGAGGG